ACAGUCAAAGGACGGUCACACGAUUUGUUAACAUAAGCGAAGCGCACGCAGGAAUUUUCGGACAGAGAAAAAGAAAGAUCGUCGCAAAUAAAAUAUCUAACAAAUUGUAAGGCCUUUAAACAAUUGCACUUAUAUAUUUUCUGGUAGACAUAUUAAAUUAUUAUAUCGACCAAAGUGUCUGCGGAUAAUGCCGCCAGCCGCACAAAUUUAGGGGCGUUGACGUGAACGAAAACGGCGUAAAGCCAAUUAAUUAGCAUUAUCGAAGGAAAUAAUCAAUACAAAGUGGAAGAAAUUGUUGUAGUUUCUAUAUAAACGCAUAUAUCUCGCAUUUCAUUUGGUAAAAAUUUAAUUACGCAUUUGUGAAAAAUUGUGAAAAUCAAAAUGGCGUCAUUUUUGUGUGCGUGGCAGAGCGCUGCCAACCUUCUGGAGAAAAUCGAAACUGAGUAGCUUUCACUUUCUGUUUAUCCCAAAAGUCAUUUUGGGUUUAAUAAAGCAGAAAGCUGAGACUCAUUCAUACUACAAACGUUCAGGCAAUCGCAUGUUUUAAUUAUUCUAAGAAAUUGUUUUCUUUUUGGAGAGUGGACAGCACGCGGGGUUGCUCUGGCUUAUCGAUUACCGAUAGCUGCGCUGCAUACAUUUCCGCAUUUCAACAGUGCUUGAAAAAAUCGCGAAGAACACGUUUUUCUGCUGCUCUGCAAAACAAGAAAUCUCUACGAAGGAGGGGUUGGUUUACUGCCAAUUUAUAAAAUAAAAGAAAAUAAUAUUUCAUUUUCUGGCCCCAUCAGUCAGAAUUUGUUUUAUACUCGAUGCAAAAGUGAAUUAUAACUUUUCAAAGGCUUUCUAAAGCGAUUGUUAAUGGAAUUACGUAAUCUGUGGAAAUUUAUUAUCCAUUAAAUCACGCACACCAACAAUACAGCGUCACUAUACGCACGCACGUACACAUACACACGCACGUGCGCAUAUGGUCAUACCUGCAAGUGGGGGAGAGAGACGGCAAUAGUGCUUAUAGCGUUGCCAGAUUAUUUGUCCCCAAACAAAAAAAGAAAAAGGAAAAUGCCUCGCAUAGUGCCAUUGCAAUUGCUAAGGUGCCUGCGGGUGCUUUUGGACAACAAUGGUGGGAUACUAAGCCCAGUGGAGGUGAAGCGCAUAUCGGGCUUAAUGGCCAAAUAUUCGAAAAAACUCGUUUCGAAAUGUGUUUAUGUACAAAUACUGAAAUCCACGAAGACGGAACUACUGGGAGAUUUUAUGGCCGUGGGCGGUUGGUCGUUGGUCUACACUUGGCUAAACGACGCAAUUAGGGCGAUGAACUGGCCAUUGGUUCAGGAAAUCCUGGAACUGUUGCUCCUCUCCCCCGUAGAUGUCAAUCGGCUGAAGAUAAACUCGGCACCCAUUUUGGUCAAGGGUCUUUGCAAGGAUGGCGGCAAUGAAGGUGUUCGCAUUUUGGCCAAACGUUUGGUAGAGCAGUGGCUGAAGAUUGUGACGGAGAACACAAGUGUGAUGCUCCAGCCUGCUGGGGCUCAGAGCACAGCAUCUGCUGCUCUCCAGACUUCUGCUGCAGCUGCUGCCGUUCCAAUUCCGGAUUCAGCUUCCUCUUCAGACAGCACGGAUAGUGCCGGCGCACCCGUGACGUAUACCAUCACUUCAGCGGCUAACAGCAGCAAUUCCAAUAGCAUAACCAUCAAAUGGAAGCCGGUUGUGGAUAAACCAGAAGGCGGAGAUGAAACUGACUCCGCAGCAGUCCAAAAAGACGGGGAGGAGCCACAGGAAGAUGUUUCUGCGGCCGAUAUCAGUCUGGGGAAAAAGUCCACUUUAGAUGAUAGUUGUUCAGCGGCAGAGGUUAAGUCCGGGGAGGACGUUGAUAAUAAGAAGCAUAAGAGCGCCAAAAGCGAUAAGAGUAAGCGGUCCGAAAAGGACCGCGAAAAGGAUAGGAAGAAGGAGAGUUCCUCGAGUCACAGGUCCUCCUCAUCUAGCCAUAAGUCCUCCUCUUCAUCGUCGUCCUCCUCUUCGAAGAGUAGUUCCUCCAAGAGCUCCUCUUCUUCCUCCUCCCAUCGCAGUUCUAGCGAUAAGUACAGGGAUAAGGACAAGGCUCGUUCCAGUUCCGGCUCCUCUAGUUCAAGCAAGGACCGGGAGCGCAGCAGCAGUUCGUCCUCCUCUUCCUCGAAUAAACACAAGUCCUCAAAGUCCUCUUCAUCGUCGUCGUCGUCGAGCUCUAGUUCUAGUUCUAGUUCGUCCAAAGAUCGUAAAGACAAGUCGACUUCGUCAUCGUCCUCAUCCUCAAAGCAGGAGAAGGACAAAGAUAACAAGCUGAUGCCUCCACCCGCAAUGGCGCCAGCUGCAGCUUCAUCUCCUACUGCUUCAUCCAAAGAAUCCGAGGCACAGAAGUCUAGGUCCAUACCCAUCAUGUCCAGAAAGGCUUCCAUUUCUAUAGAGAUUCGCCGGGACACUGAAAAGACGGCUACCGUAAAGACGUACCAGUCUAAAUUUAGAUCGCAUGGCCUGACGGAAGAGGCGCCGCCACCUCCAUCGCGCAAGGGUCUAAAAAAGCCCACAUCGUCGACGACUUCCGCCCCGCCUACUCUGUUGGCAGUACCGCCGCCAAUGAAGCGUCUUUCACCCCCGCCCAGGGACUCGCCCACCGAGAAGAAGGCCAAGAUCGACAUGAACACAAUCGCCGGCCAUGUGGAGCGGCCCGGAGCCGCCAAGCUGAUCGCACCCAAAAAGAUUCAAACCCUGGUGGAGACCAAUCUGUUCUCAGAUGCCUUGGCCGCCUCUAUUGAACCCAAGAAGGUGGUCAAGCGCAAGCGACCGGCGUCUGCGUCAUCGCCCACGGACAAGGAUGCGCCGCUGGCGCCACUUAAAUUCUACCAGGACACCCUAGACGAGUCUAAGAGCGAGGAGAAGUCGGACGACAGCAGCAAGGAAAACGACGAUGCUCGAUCUGCGUCGCCUGGCAAGGACACAGAUGCCGAUGACGAUGACAUUCCCCUUAAGAGAGUAAAGGAGGACAUCGAGCAGAAGGUUCAAAAGGAGAAGGCAGCUGCAGGCGAAUCUGGCGAAGGGAUUACCACUGAUGGCGUUGAAGAUAUUCCCGAGGAGCCAAGAAAACCGGGACCAGGCUGUGGACCCGAUGGACCGCCUGGCGUCCUAAUGCUGCAUCGCCGUAAGGGGCCGAAAAAGAAGCUCACAUGGCAGCCGGAGGAUAAACUUACCCAGAUUCGGUACUUCGAGGUCGAUCGAUCGGAGCGCGUAAAUGUGAUGAAACAGACGUUCCUGGAAAUGAAGAACAUGGAGCGGUUCAGCGAGCGGGAUGCUCUAACAAUUGCAAGACGAGGGUUCGAUGAUACCAUGGAGCCUCAAAUGGAGUGGCGUAAUCUAAUCGAGGUGGACAAUGUGCCUGAUCAUCCGAAUGGAAAUCUCUCAAAGCAACGGCAGGUGCAGAUGGAUAGAGAGGCUACUACGCUAAGAGCUUUAUACUUUUCGCCCGACAUGAUACCCGACACCCCUGCGGAGGCGGAACUGGAGCCGCAUUUUGCUCACGACAUUCCUGUCAUACCCAUGGAUGAUCUAACUGGGAAUCCAGAUGCCGUCAAUGAUUAUAGUACCUUAGCAUGGCCAGAGCCAAAGGGAUAUGCACCCAGCUCGGUAAUCGGAUCGAAUAACAACGGACCAGCGGAUAUGGGUUUCAAUGACAACAUGAUGCAGGGAAUGGGACCUGGAUCGAAUAUGAUGCAAAAUCCAUUUGAUCCCUUCAUGGUGCGCAUGCCAUCUUCAACAGGUAUGCCACCAUCACCCAAUCUAAUGCCAAAUCAGGUUCCCAACGGACCGCCGCAAAUCUGGCAGAAUCAAAUGGGCCCGGGAGGUGUACCGCCCAUGAUGAAUGGUCCCGGUCCUGGCAUGGACAUGAACAAUAUGAACAACAUGAACAACAUGAACAACAUGAACAACAUGAAUAACAUGAAUAACAUGAACAACAUGAAUAACAUGAACAACAUGCCUCCACCGAACUUUAUGGGCAAUCAGUUUGGCAACCAAGGUCCACCGCCGCCAUUCGGAGGUGGCCCACCUGGAUUCAAUCAAUUCCCGCCAAUGAUGAUGAACGGCCCAGGACCAGGACCUGGAAUGGGAUCCAACGGUCCAGUAAUGGGACCCAACGGCCCUAUGAUGGGACCCAAUGGUCCUGUUAUGGGACCUAAUGGUCCAAUGAUGAACGGACCACCGAACGGACCUAUGAUGAACGGACCACCAAACGGAAUGGGUCCAAUGCAGAACGGAGGAGGACCCAGAAACAACAAUAGAAACAAAAAUAAUGGCGGCGGAAACUGGCGCAGCGGUGGGAACAACUUCCAGGACAACUCCGGCGGCAACUGGCGGUCAGCAGGAUCUGGCUCCAACCGAGGAGGAGGAGGAGGAGGCGGUGGAAACACCGGCGUCUGCAAGCAAUUCAUGCGAGGUCAUUGCAACAUGGGCAAGAACUGCAAGUACGUGCAUCCGCAGAAGAACCGCUUGUAGAACUUAGCCGAAUCUUCUGCGGAAGAUUCAGUUGUAUAGAUCUCAGACGCUUAAAGGAGGAACCAAGCCCCAAAUGAAGACUGUAGCCAGGUUAGCCGCUGUUAGUUGCCUAAUCUAAGUGUAUAUAUGUAUUUUCUAUAUUUUUGUCUAUCGCUAAGUUUUUAGUCUAAGACUUGCGUUGAACUCACAACCCCAAGAGGCAGCAUAUUGUUGCUGUGUACUUAUACUGAAGGAUCCAUUCGAAUUUGUAUGCCCCUCUUAGCUUAGUCAGGUUAUUCAUAAAGUUACGUAUUUAUAAGUUAAUAAUUAAACAAUUAAAGACCAAGUCGUAUGAUGAAACACAAA